GCGAGAAGGCGGCGCGUUCGCGGUUCCGGGAGUGGUCUCUGCCGGCGCUGGGCUAGUAACUCCUGCUGCUGCACCAUGACGUCCGUGGGGACCCUCGCCUUCGACGAAUAUGGGCGCCCUUUCCUCAUCAUCAAGGACCAGGACCGCAAGUCUCGUCUUAUGGGACUUGAGGCCCUCAAGUCUCACAUCAUGGCUGCAAAGGCUGUAGCGAAUACAAUGAGAACAUCACUGGGACCAAAUGGGCUGGAUAAGAUGAUGGUGGACAAGGAUGGUGACGUGACCGUGACCAAUGAUGGCGCCACCAUUCUAAGCAUGAUGGAUGUGGAUCAUCAAAUUGCCAAGCUGAUGGUUGAACUGUCGAAAUCCCAGGAUGAUGAAAUUGGAGAUGGAACCACGGGAGUGGUUGUGCUGGCUGGUGCUUUGCUGGAAGAAGCUGAGCAGUUGCUGGACCGCGGCAUCCACCCAAUAAGAAUUGCAGACGGCUAUGAACAGGCAGCCCGUAUUGCUAUUGAGCAUCUGGACAAGAUCAGUGACAAUGUCCUUGUUGACAGGGUUAAUACCGAACCCCUGAUUCAGACGGCCAAAACUACACUGGGCUCCAAAGUGGUUAACAGCUGUCACCGACAAAUGGCUGAGAUCGCUGUGAAUGCAGUCCUCACUGUGGCCGACAUGGAGCGGAGAGAUGUUGACUUUGAGCUCAUCAAAGUGGAAGGCAAAGUGGGCGGGAGGCUGGAGGACACCAAACUGAUCAAGGGCGUAAUUGUGGAUAAAGAUUUCAGUCACCCUCAGAUGCCGAAAAAAGUGGAAGAUGCUAAGAUUGCAAUUCUCACAUGUCCGUUUGAACCACCUAAACCAAAGACAAAGCACAAGCUGGAUGUGACCUCUGUGGACGACUACAAAGCUCUUCAGAAAUACGAAAAGGAGAAGUUUGAAGAGAUGAUUGACCAAAUUAAAGAAACUGGUGCUAACCUAGCUAUUUGCCAGUGGGGCUUUGACGACGAAGCCAAUCAUUUACUUCUUCAGAACAACCUGCCUGCGGUUCGCUGGGUUGGAGGACCUGAGAUCGAGCUGAUUGCCAUCGCCACGGGCGGGCGGAUAGUUCCUCGGUUCUCGGAGCUCACGGAAGAGAAGCUGGGCUUUGCCGGUCUCGUACAGGAGAUCUCAUUCGGUACAACUAAAGACAAGAUGCUGGUCAUCGAGCAGUGUAAGAACUCCAGGGCCGUAACCAUUUUCAUUAGAGGAGGAAAUAAGAUGAUCAUUGAGGAAGCAAAACGGUCUCUUCACGAUGCUUUGUGUGUCAUCCGGAACCUCAUCCGUGAUAACCGGGUGGUAUAUGGGGGAGGUGCUGCAGAAAUCUCCUGUGCUUUGGCAGUCAGCCAAGAAGCAGACAAGUGCCCAACCUUGGAGCAGUACGCCAUGAGAGCUUUCGCAGAUGCAUUGGAGGUCAUCCCCAUGGCCCUUUCCGAAAACAGCGGCAUGAAUCCCAUCCAGACCAUGACUGAAGUCCGAGCCAGACACGUCAAGGAGAACAACCCUGCGCUUGGGAUCGACUGCUUGCACAAGGGGACACACGAUAUGAGACAGCAGCAUGUCAUAGAAACCUUAAUUGGCAAAAAGCAACAGAUAUCUCUUGCAACACAAAUGGUCAGAAUGAUUUUGAAGAUUGAUGACAUUCGCAAGCCUGGAGAAUCUGAAGAAUAAAGAAAAAAGGUAGACAUGUAGUAGAAAGAUCCACUGGUGUGAUUAAAUAAACAGGUCUCCUGGGUGCCUCUGCA